AUGUUCGCCCGUCUCAGCCAACUCACCCGCCAUUUAACUCGCCCAUCGCUUGCUUUUACGCCGGCCGUCACGAAUCCCGCACCGUCGCUGUCCCCAUUGCACCAUCGCACUCCGUCCACGAUGACAUCAUCCGCCGUAUCGAAUGCUUCUAAGACAAUACACACUGCGGCUUGUUUGAUUAUCGGUGACGAGGUUCUUGGUGGAAAGACCAUCGACACCAACUCCUCCUACUUCGCCAAAUACUGCUUCCAACUCGGAAUCCAGCUUAAGCGCAUCGAAGUCAUUGCCGACGAUGAGGGUGAAAUCGUCGAGGCCGUCCGUCGCAUGAGCAGCAACUACGAUUUUGUCGUAACUAGUGGAGGAAUUGGACCAACCCACGAUGAUAUAACCUAUGAGUCGAUAGCCAAGGCCUUUGGCUUGAAGUUGAAACUGCACCAACCAGCCUUCGAACGGAUGAAGAAACUCGCCAGACCCCAUCCCAUGCAGCCCCAUUUCGACUGGGAGAAGCCAUCCCCGGGGCUCACUGCAAAAUUGCGCAUGGUCGAACUGCCGCAUGACCCGAAGGUUCCCGAAGAGCAGCAGGCCGUCUUCGUCGCGGAUGACAUGUGGGUUCCUAUUGCAGUGGUUAACGGAAACAUCCAUAUUCUCCCUGGUGUGCCGCGUCUGUUCGAGCGAUUGCUCGAGUGUCUCAAGCCUAAUCUGCUGCCGCGCUUGACGAACCCUGAGGGCAAGGGUAUCUACCGCUUCCUCUUCAGCACGCCGCUUCCUGAGAGUGCUAUUGCGCCGUAUCUGACGGAGCUCGCCAGACGGGCUAACCCGCACGGCGUCAAGGUGGGUAGCUACCCCCGUUGGGGGAAGAAGCGGAACACCGUCACUUUGGUUGGUGGUAACAAGCCUUUCAUGGAGACGCUGGUGCCGGAAGUUGAACACAAUGUGCACGGCCGCAAAGUUAGCCGAGAGGAUGAAUUGGAUCCUCCUUCGGACCACGAAAAGUAG